GUGUUGUUUCUGUUCGUAGUCUGCAAUUUCAUGCUGUCGACAUUCCUUGAUCCUGGGAAGUACCCAAAAGCACAUGAAGUGAAGGACAACAAUGCACCUAUGUACAAGAAUGUGGAAAUUGAAGGGACAAGUGUUUCAUUGAAAUGGUGCAGAACCUGUAAGAUGUACAGACCACCAAGAACUACACAUUGCAAUGAAUGCAAUUACUGUGUUGAGAUAUUCGACCACCACUGUCCGUGGGUGAACAACUGCAUCGGGCGAAGGAACUACCGCUACUUCCUGCAGUUCCUGUGGCUGCUGAUCAUGCAUAUGCUCUUCCUCUUCUCGCUGCUCGUCGUCUUCAUCUGGCAACAUAGACACGACCUCAAGGCCUCCAACAUUAUCAUCGCGUUUUGCAUAUUGAUUGUGAUUGGUCUGUUGUGCUGGCCAAUCACGGGGCUGGCUAUGUUUCACGUCAUGCUAGUCAGCAGAGGAAGGACA